AUGUCAUUUGAACCAGAGAAAUAUUUCAAUAAAGAAGAAAUUGAAUCAUCAGAUUUUUAUUUACCUUUACCACCAAAACCAUAUCCAAUUCAUUCAGAUCUUAUCAAUUUAUCAGGUGGUCGACCAAAUUCAGGAUUUUAUCCUGUUGAAUCAAUAUCACUUAAUUUGAAAAAAUCACCAUUUGAUAAGAAUCCAACUACAGAAUCUUUAGAAAUUCCAUUUGAUAAUGAGGGAUCAACAAGUGAAUUAGAUAUUACUCAAGGUUUACAAUAUGCUCCAGGUCAAGGUUUCCCUCAAUUAUUAUCACAAAUUUCAAAGUUUACCCAAUUCCAUGGUGCUAAUAUAGAUGAAUUCCAAUCAUUAAUAACUUCUGGUUCUGGAGAUUCAUUAAACAAGAUCCUCCAGGGGUUUAUCGAUCCUGAUGAUACAAUCCUUGUUGAAAAUUAUACUUAUACACCAAUUUUUGCAACUUUUAAAUUUAAUAAAGGUAUUAUGAUCCCAUUACCUAUUGAAUUUGAUCCUAGUGGAACUAAUCCACAUUUGAAUCCUGAAACUUUGGAAGAUAUUUUGAAAAAUUGGCAUAAAGGUCCUUAUAAAGAUUUAAAAUUUCCAAAAUUUUUAUUUACAGUACCAACUCAAAAUCCUUCAGGUUUAUUAACAUCAUUUGAAAUUAUUCAAAAAGUUUUAAAAAUUGUGGAAACAUUUGAUUUAUUAAUUAUUGAAGAUGAUCCUGAUGGAUUUAUUCGUCAUUUACCAGAAAUCCCAAAGAAUGAAGAAAUUAUCACAAAUGUCAAAUUUCAAGAAUAUAAAAAAUCUUUACAUAAUUCAUCAUAUUUAUCAACAAAUUCACCUCGUGUACUUCAUUUAGUAUCUAAAACCACAACAAAAGCACCAUCAGGAUUAUCUCAAUUAGUUUUAACAAAUUUGAUUAAACAUUGGAACGAAUCAAUAAGUUCUAUAAUUGAAGAUGGUGAUGAAAGAGAAGAAAUUGAUGGUUAUUUAUCAUGGACUUAUAAAGUUUCAUUAGAAUAUACCAAAAGAUCUGAAGGUUUAUUCAAUCAUUUCCAGACCUUAAAAUCUGUUACUAGAAAAUUAAUAUCACCAAUAAAACCACAAGGUGGUAUGUUUUUCAUUAUAAAAUUCAAUUUUAAACUUGAUAGAGGACAAUUUGAAGCUUUAAGAUUUAAAUUUAUUAAAUAUGGUGUCUUAGUUAUAUUGGGUAAUUUAAUGAGUUUUGAUAAUGAAUAUAGUGCAAAUAGUGAUUUUAUAAGAUUGACUUUAUCAAAUGUUGAUAAAGUUGAUGAAUUAAUUGAAGGUGUUGAUAGAUUAGAUAAAGCUGUUUUAGAAUAUUAUGAUCUUGAUUAUGGUACUGAUACAUGUUAA